AUGGUGGUGUUUAAUGAAGCUUCUAGAUUGAUUGAUGAGUUUAGUACUUUUAACAGGAAGGAGUCUUUGUUAAGGGCUCCUGUUGUUCAAGAUUUAACUGGAGGUAAAGUUUGGAAACCUCCUGAAGUUGGUCUUUGGAAGGUGAAUUGGGAUGCAUCUGUAAAUGUGAAUGAUGGGGUGAUUGGAUUGGGUUGUGUUAUAAGGAAUGAUGAGGGUCUCGUUAUGGGGGCUAAAUGCUGUGUAUAUAAAGUUCAGGCUGAUUCUUUAUUGGCAAAGGCCAUGGCUGCUCUCUUUGCUGUGGAUUUUUGCCUUGAUAUGGGCCUUGCUAAUAUUGUAUGUGAAGGGGACUCUCUGCAGAUCAUUAAGGGGAUAUGUAAUGUAGAUGAGAAGCUAAUGUAG